AUGUCCACCCUACCUGAAGAACGAGUUCUGAAACCCCUCGAUCCCGUCCCCAACGAUGUCAACGACUGGCCGGAUUUUGCUUUGCGAGAAACAAAAAUCUUCUACCAAGGAAAAGGCCGAUAUGCAGAUCUGCUACAAGCCUCGGAAGAGACACCCCUCUGUGUCGUGGGAGAAUUGAUGCCUUUGGACGACGAGCAGGAACAUAUUGCCUUGAUAGAGAAGCCAUUGUAUGCACGAAUAAAGAUCGACAACGUUACAAAUUACAGCUUUGGUCAAGAUGACAAUGGGAAGCCUGUCAUUUGGGCUGCGGGAAAGGCAGGCUGGUACGAGAUUUCACCCUCAGAUCGCUAUCUGAGUCAUUACAACGACACAUUAGAGGCCAUCGAUUUGUUCUAUUUCAUGGUCGACCAGCAUCAGAAGCUCGCACGGAAACACCAGAAGUUUGGCUUUAUGAUCGACCCAUUUCUCACCGAAUACCAGAAGCACACGGGCUAUCGGAUUGACGACGAUGACGAAGCCAUGGAGACGAUCCACAAACAUCACCGCUUCCUUCUCAGGCAGAUGCUUGAAGAGAGGGAAGGGAUCGAUUGGUCUCAGACGUAUCUGUGGAAGCAUUUAGCUGAGACUUACGCCGACGAACUGGAGGAGUUGAAGGCCACCUUAGCAUCAUCGAAUCAGAAUAGCCUACCAGAGGCUUCCGACUCGUCCGAGGAAGAGGACGCAGACGAAGACGAAGACGAGGUGGACGAGGGACCGCGCCAGGAAAGAGAGGGCACGUCAGAAGGAUCCGAUGGUGACGAAUCUGAAGCUAGUUCCGAGGCAGCCUCUUCCAGUGCGACUGAAACCAAGCCGGAGCCUAUUGAUUGGACCAGGCCUAUAUGGGAUAUGCUGAACAUCCUGCGAAAGUCGGCCAACUUCAAUAUGAGACACUGUGGAAUUGACGAAGCCGCCACGGAGCUACAAAAGUUACCUGCAUUCGAGGGGUCGCAUGAAGACGCAGUGGCCGCUUUUGAACGCUCAGCAGAACCAUUACUGAAACUAAUGAAUGAAGCAAAACUCCGAAAGAAAUUCAAUUGGUCUACCCGGAGAAUAUACGAUGAGCUGGAAGCCACGCUGGCCGACGUGGUGGCGGAUGAGACCAUGAAGACUCCCCGCAAACCAGGCGGAGGGAAACCCCAGCGGCACCGAAUGAAGUCUGUGCUUCGUCCUAGUGGCGCUAGCAAAUCACACAAACGCGCAAGAGGCGUCGUGGAAGAGGACGAAGACGAAGUGAUGAGUGACGUUCCCAUUUCAUCGCCAGUAGCUCGACGGCAAGCUGGUCCUCCGCCGCCCAGCAGGAUGAGGGAAGCUACGGCAGAUUCGGCACCCAGUCGCGAAGAUAGUCCCAGUCGACAACUCAAUGGCCAUUUGGAUCCUGACGCGUUACCUGAGCUACCGCCUGGACCGGAAGCGCAAGAAAUGAUUGACUUGGUGGCUCAGGAGGCCAAGCGAGUUGGUCGGCAGCAUCAGACAAGUCAUCUGCAAGCAUUCCUGGGGCAGUGGGUUGUCUGA